AAGCAGAGAGAAUUGACAGAGGAAAAGUGGCCAUGGACCUGAUCCCAAGCUUUUCCAUGGAAACCUGGCUUCUCCUGGCUACCAGCCUGGUCCUCCUCUAUCUAUAUGGGACCUCCACACAUGGACUUUUUAAGAAGCUGGGAAUUCCUGGGCCAAAACCUCUGCCUUUUGUGGGAACUGCUCUGGCCUACCGCAAGGGUUUUUCUGUUUUUGACGAGACAUGUUUUAGAAAGUAUGGAAGAAUGUGGGGGUUUUAUGAUGGGCGACAGCCUGUGCUGGCUAUCACAGAUACGGACAUGAUCAAGACAGUACUAGUGAAAGAAUGUUAUUCUGUCUUCACAAACCGGCGGUCUUUUGGUCCAGCGGGAUUUAUGAAAAGUGCAAUCUCUUUGUCUGAGGAUGAAGAAUGGAAGAGGAUGCGAACAUUGUUGUCCCCUACUUUCACUAGUGGAAAGCUCAAGGAGAUGUUCUCCAUCAUUGACCAAUAUGGAGAUGUGUUGGUGAAGAACAUGAGGAAGGAGGCCGAGAAAGGCAAGCCUAUCAACUUGAAAGACGUCUUUGGAGCCUACAGCAUGGAUGUGAUUACCAGCACAUCGUUUGGAGUGAACAUUGAUUCCCUCAACAACCCACAGGAUCCCUUUGUGGAAAAUAUUAAGAAGCUCUUAAAAUUUGAUUUCCUUGAUCCAUUUUUCUUCUCAAUAUUACUGUUUCCAUUUCUUACCCCAGUUUUUGAAAUGUUAAAUAUCUCACUAUUUCCAAAAAGUACUAUUGAUUUUUUCAAGAAAUCUAUAAAGAGGAUGAAGGAAAGUCGCCUCCAAGAUAAACAAAAGCACCGAGUGGAUUUUCUUCAGCUGAUGAUUAACUCCCAGAAUUCCAAAGAAAUGGACACCCAGAAAGCUCUGUCUGAUCUGGAACUCGUGGCCCAAUCUAUUAUCUUUAUUUUUGCUGGCUAUGAGACCACUAGCACUUCUCUUUCCUUUCUUGUGUAUGAAUUGGCCACUCACCCGGAUGUCCAGCAAAAACUGCAGGAGGAGAUUGAUGCGACUUUCCCCAAGAAGGCACCACCUACUUAUGAUGGCCUUGUACAGAUGGAGUAUCUGGACAUGGUGUUGAAUGAAACUCUGAGAUUAUACCCAAUCGGUGGUAGACUUGAGAGGGUCUGUAAGAAAGAUGUGGAGAUCAGUGGUGUGUUUAUUCCCAAAGGGACAGUGGUGAUGGUGCCAGUCUUUACUCUUCAACGAGACCAGGAUCUUUGGCCCGAGCCUGAGGAGUUCCGUCCUGAAAGGUUCAGUAAGAAGAACAAGGACAGCAUAAACCCUUAUAUAUACCUGCCCUUUGGAACUGGACCCCGAAAUUGCCUUGGGAUGAGGUUUGCGAUCUUGAACAUGAAACUUGCCCUUGUCAAAGUCCUGCAGAACUUCUCCUUCAAACCUUGUAAAGAAACACAGAUCCCCAUGAAAUUAAACGUUCAAGGGUUACUUCAACCAGAAAAACCCAUUGUUCUCAAGGCUGAGCUAAGAGACGGAGUGUAAAUGGAGCCUGACUUCCCCUAUGGACCUCCCUUUUGUUCUCCAAGAAGCUGUAUCCCAGAUCACCAGAGACCUCAGUUUCCUUUGUGAGUAAAACCCAGAAAUGAAGAUGGCCUGCAUCUACUGCCUGUGACAGAUGACUAGGGCUUCCAUACCUUCAUUUAGCCUUUUUGGUGUCUGUGUAGAGCAUUAUGUAUUGUGGAGAGUGAAGGAGGUGCCCAAUAAGAGCCAGCAAUGUCGACUCAGCCUGUCUGGUUCACACAGACUACCCCAGUUAGUACC